GAAAUAUUAUUUUCUGAUCUUUGAAAAGGGGGUUAGGUUCGUUCCUUUCUAAAGUUUCUUCCAUCUCUUCAAUCGCGCGUGGACAUUAUUGUUUGUUUAUAGAAUAAAAAUUGACUGACAAAGUUAUCAACAAUAAAUAAGAUAAGCGUGAAUUGUGCAAAUUAUUAUAACAAGGUCGUCAGGUGACGAAUAAUGGUUUUUGAUUCGAGAAUGCCGAAAGUUGCCAAAAGGAUCACAGGAAUUUUAUAAACACUCAAUUAAACAAAGCUUUAAACAGCAUGUUGAUGAACCUGAUCCAGAACGCGUUAAACAAAUAAUGGAAAAAGCAUUGGCUGAUGCUAAGUGGGUUUUACAAAAGUAUGAAGCAACUCCCGAAGGACAAAAGAAAUAAAUACUUUUUGGGUAUUUUUAUGAAAGAUCCUUAAUUUCUAGAUAAAUAAUGGAAUUCGAUACAGUAAUUAGCAAACUUUGCGAUGAAGAACCAACUCAAUUUUGGCAUGCAAUCGAUGUUUGGUUGAAUAAACCACAUGUCGUAAAUCGACGAAUUUUAGGUUCAUCCAGAAUAUUAACUUUAGAAUUUCAAGACACAGACUCCGAGAUCAAUGACUGGAUUGAAACCACAGAAUUUAAUUGUGUUCUCUCAUCCGAAAAUAUCACAGAAAAGUUGAUCUCAACAAAAUUCUUCAAAAAAUUCAAUAUUAAUUUAAACAAUACCAGUUUUCCUGAGCUUGAAAACAGCAAGAAGUACUUGAACAUCUCAAAGUUAUUGCCACGAAAUCCCGAAAUAUUUUCUCCAACUAUUGAAGUGACGAUUGUAGAAAAGGACAAUAAUUCAAUCACUUCUUACUAUAAAUGCCUCUUGGAUGACAGACAAUCCCUAGGUUUUAAAUAUCCGUAUCAAAUUUGCCACCUUAAUAACGAAAUCUCCAUCAAAGUUAAAAAACUAGAAGAUAAAAGCGACCCGAGCUUAGAAUGGAUAAAAGUACAAUUAUUUCCACGAUUAAUAAAAUGGAUUGAUAACAGCGAAGUGCAGAAUAAUUUUGUAAAUGGUUCUCUGAAUUUAGUUGCGACUGAUAAAUACGCAGAAUUAUACGGUCAACUUAAACAGAAGUACGGAGCAGAAAUCGUGAAAAUUUGGCCAGAAAGUACGGAUCCUUCGAAGUUUGUUUAUGAAGAUAUUGCAAUCGCAACUUAUUUGUUACUCAUUUGGGAGAAAGAAAGAAUCGAUUUGGGAUCUGAAGAACGACAAACGUUUGUGGAUCUGGGAUGUGGAAAUGGUUUGCUCGUUCAUAUUCUUGCUAGCGAAGGACACAAAGGAUUGGGAAUUGAUUUGAGGAAAAGGAAAAUUUGGGAUCUUUUUCCGGAAAGCACACAUUUGGAAGUAAGAACGAUAAUACCAUCAUCAAAAAGUUUGUUUCCGAACGUCGAUUGGUUAAUCGGAAAUCAUUCAGACGAAUUAACACCAUGGAUUCCUGUGAUAGCAGCUCGAAGUUCCUACAAUUGUCGCUUUUUUCUUUUGCCGUGUUGCUCUUACGAAUUUGAUGGAAGAAAAUACCAAAGAGGAAGCGCAUCAAGAAGUCAAUAUUCGGACUAUAUGUUCUACAUAAAAAAAGUCGGCGAGGAAUGCGGUUUCGAAAUAGGAGUCGAUAAAUUAAGAAUCCCCUCCACCAAAAGAACUUGUUUCAUCGGUGCAAAAAGAACUUAUUCGAAAGAAACAAGUCGCGAGGAAGAAAUUAAAAGAGUAAUUGAAGAAAGGUCCUUGAAAGUUGACUCUCCUAAAACUCAAGGAGAAAACCAGUGGUCGAGCGAUUUCAAGCCUCGCGAAACGAACGAAAGAGUGCGAAAUUGUACUCAAGUUGAUAAAAAUAUUAUUUCCGAAAUUGUCGAUAUUGUCUCGAAUCUCCUUCUAUCAAAAGCUCGGAUAAUUUCCUUAAAGGACGAAAGAACUUGGAACGCUGGUGGUCAAAUCGAAUUAAGCGAACUUGCAAAUAUAAUUUCAUCCGAGAGUCUCAAGUCCUUAAAAAGGGAGUGCGGAGGUUUGCAGACUUUAUUGAGAAACAAGGGUCACAUAUUUUGCGUCCAAGGAGGAAGAGUUCGAUUUCGAAUGCCUGGAGUUGAAUCUACUUCGAACCGAAAGCGGAGAAAACAUUCCAAGGAGGAUAAAACGAUUCGAAUGAAGGAGAAGGUGUGUUGGUUUCACGAGAAUCAUCCAGACGGUUGUCCUCUAAAUGAUCAGGAAUGUAAUUUCAAGCACUAAUUUGCAAUUAAAAAAAAGUAACAAUUAUUUCAAA